UUAACCGUUCAAGGAUCCAGUGAAUAGACUCAAUAUUCUACUGCAUCCCCACUAUUUACUGUACAAGGUUUAGUGUGACACCGAAUAAGAAGAUGCGUUCCGUAGCCGUGAUGCUGGUCAUCGCCUGCGCUUUGCUCGCGUCGGUUUGCGGUGGCGGCGGCUGGGGAGGUGACUUCUACGGUGGCGGUGGCGGAUACGGAGGGUUCGGCUAUGAUUUGGGAUGGGGAUUGGGAUAUCCGUUUCUGGGCGGUUGGGGCCUGGGAUUUCCCUGGUUUGGAGGAUUCGGAUACCCAUGGUUUGGUGGUGGCUUCGGAUUCGGUGGAUUCGGCGAUUUUGGCGGUUAUGGCGGCGGAUGGGGAUACAAAAAGAAAUAGUCGCCUAGUCAAAAACAGUUCAUUUCUUUCGACCCUGUCUGCGCCGGAGAACGAGCAGCGGAGUGAUACUUUUUCCUGAGAUUUUUAAUUUGAUUUUUUAUAGUCUUUUUGGGUUAAUUUUGUGUCUGCAUACCAAAGAUUUCCGGUGGGGCUGUUUUCUGUCAAAUUAUGUCACGAUUUGCGUUGCUCGUUAGAAAAUAUAAAAUUAAUAAUUAUUAAAACUGAAUCAAAGAGUAGUA